UAUGAUGAUUUGGCAACAGUGAUCUGCUGGGAGGUAAACAAAUCCUCUCGUCAUGGCAAGGAGAGCGUACAAACUUGCAAUAUUUACGUGAUUUUAAGCUUGAAUGUCCGCGGCAGCUGUGAUAUUAGAGCGGAGGAGUCAGUGAACAGGGAGAAUAUCGCGGGAAGGGAGAAAAGCGCGUGUAAGCCGGUGAAAUAAGGGAGGAAGUUACCUGGAACACCAUUGCCAUACUCACCUCCGUCACGCUGGUGGUGGCCGGGAAAUGACGUAAGGUGGACCGGGCAAUUUGGGGAUUCAAGACCCAAGGUACGGUGGGCCAGCUCGCCGCCCUCCCCUGCUCGUCACUGCACCUCGCGGCGCCUCGGUGACCUCACGCGCCGCCCACCACUCGAGUUCGUGUCUCGGGGUCUUCUGCACUGCCGCCCCCCCUGCCCCGUGACCCCCUUUCAGCACCGCCAGCAUGGGUGUGCCAAAGUUCUACCGGUGGAUCAGCGAGCGGUACCCCUGCCUCAGCGAGGUGGUCAAGGAGUACCAGAUUCCAGAAUUCGACAACCUCUAUCUCGACAUGAACGGCAUCAUCCACAUCUGUUCGCACCCCAACGACAAUGACCCACACUUCAGGAUAUCUGAGGAGAAGAUGUUCAAGGACAUCUUCCACUACAUUGAGGUGUUGUUCCGUCUGGUCCAGCCCCGCAAGGUGUUCUUCAUGGCCGUCGAUGGUGUGGCGCCGCGGGCCAAGAUGAACCAGCAACGCAGCCGCAGGUUCCGGUCAGCCAGGGCAGCCAUUGACGCAGAGAAGAAGGCCCAGGAGAGGGGGGAGGUGCUGCCCACGGAGGAGCGGUUUGACUCCAACUGCAUCACGCCAGGCACUGACUUCAUGGAGAGGCUGGAUGGGCAGCUGCAGUACUUCGUCACCAGCAAGGUCUCCCAGGACAAGAUGUGGCAGGACUGUAAGAUCAUAUACUCAGGACACCAGACGCCGGGUGAGGGUGAGCACAAGAUCAUGGAGUACAUUCGCUUCACCAAGAGCAGCCCUGACUACAACCCCAACACCCGCCAUUGCCUCUACGGCCUGGACGCGGACCUCAUCAUCUUGGGCCUCACCUCGCACGAACCACACUUCUCGCUGCUCAGGGAGGAGGUCAGGUUUGGCGGGAAGAAGGACAACCAGCGCACCCCCACACCUGAAGAGACAACCUUUCACCUCCUCCACUUGAGCCUCAUGCGCGAGUACAUCAACUACGAAUUCUACGACCUCCGCGCUGCCCUGCCCUUCCCGUACGACCUCGAGAGCGUAAUAGACGACUGGGUCCUCAUGGGGUUCCUGGUGGGCAAUGACUUCAUCCCGCACCUUCCUCACCUCCACAUCAACAAGGAGGCGUUACCGAAGCUCUACAUGACGUAUAAAGCCGUGCUCCCGACCCUCGAUGGCUACCUCAACCAGGGCGGGGAGCUGCAUCUGGGGCGUUUUGAGAAGUUCAUGGCGAAGUUGUCGGAGUUCGAUUUCGAAAAUUUCCAGGAGACGUACGCGGACCAGAAGUAUUUUAACUCGAAGAGGCUAAAGGAUGGGGAAGCGUUUAAGCCGAAUAGAGGUAACAGGGAGCUUGAGCCAUUUAGCUUUGAUGACGAGGAGGGUGGGGAAGGCGGGCAGAACGGCAACCUGAUCGGGGGUAUUGAGGAGGAUGAGGAAGAUGAUCAGGUCGAGGAUUUGCGUCGGACGUAUGAGCGUCUAGGCUACGAACCCAACCCGGAGUUUCUCGAGGAUGAGGAUGAGGAUGAGACGUCCGAGGAGGAGGGGCUGUUCAAGGAGGAGUUCCGGCUGCACAAGCGCGAGUACUACAUGACCAAGAUGAACCUCAAGCGCGUCAACACCGAGGUCCUCCACCACCAGGCCACCAGCUACGUCAGGGCCAUACAGUGGAUCCUAAACUACUACUACAACGGCAUAUGCUCCUGGUCCUGGUACUACCCCUUCCACUAUGCCCCCUUCAUCUCUGACGUCAGGAAUUUCGCCCACAUGAAGAUGGACUUUGAGAUGGGGCACCCCUUCCUCCCGUACCAGCAGCUCCUCGCCGUGCUCCCACCCCUCAGCAAGAAGCUCCUGUCCAAGGCCUACUGGGGGCUCAUGUGCAACGAAGACUCGCCGCUGAAGGAGUUCUACCCGAGUACCUUCCUGACGGAUCUGAAUGGGAAGCAGCAGGACUGGGAGGCCGUGGUGCUCAUCCCCUUCAUUGACGAGACCAAGCUGCUGGAGGCAAUGGAGACCUGCAACACGUACCUGACGGAGGAGGAGAGGAACCGCAACUCCCACGGCCCCAUGUACAUCUACACCUACACGGAGAAGAACCUCGGAGACUUCCCGGCCCCCAAGUACUUCCCGGGGGUGAACAUGAACCACGCGCAGGUGGAGAAGGUGUGGCGGGAGACGUGGGAGCUGCCACCGCACAAGAUCAAGAAGGGGCUGUGUCCGGACGUCAGGCAGGACAUAUACUUUGCCGGCUUCCCCACGCUGAAACACGUCGACCACAAGUUCCAUGUGGCCAAGGAGGCGGUGAAGGUGUUCCAGCAAAACAGUCGCGGGGAGAACUUCAUCCUGGACGUGACGGAGAAGGAUAGGCCUGACCUGCGGGACCUGGCCAACCAACUGCUGGGCAAGGAGGUCUUUGUCUCCUGGCCACACCUGCAGGAGGCCAAGGUGGAGGCAGUGAGCGACAGCAAGGUGCGCUACAGCCUUGGGGGCAACGGGGAGGUGCAGAAACACGCCGUGGAGCACACCCUGAAGGAGGAGUUCUCGGGCUCCCGCAACUUCAUGUCGGCCUUUUACCACGACCGCUGGGGCGUCGACGUCGGUGACAUCCACAUCCUUAUUUACGCCACACCCAUGACGGGACGGAAGUACGUCGCAGGGCCCUCAGGCAGAAUGACCCUGGAGAAGACCUGGUCCAAGGUGGUGCAACCAUACUGCCUGCAGACGCUGGUGAAGGACAUUGGCGUGCACAACCCCGGCUACAAGAUGCACCUCACCCCCCAGGAGUACUUCCCGCCCCGCACCAAGGUCUUCAUGCUUGGACAACCCCACUAUGGAUCAUUGGGCGAGGUUAUUGAGAUUGAUCCAAACCACAAGGGCAGGAUCCGCGUGGCCAUGACAGUGGCCAACGAGCCGAACUUUGACAUGGUGCGCAGCAAGCAGGGGCAGCUGUCCGACCGCUAUCUCACCGGCUACCACUCAGCGCAGAGGCUUGGCAUGUCCUCGCACCUGUUCUCGAGGCUGACGGGCACGGUGUUCCUGGCGCCCCCCACCACGAGCAUGGCACCGGGGGACAUGGAGAUCAGGAACAAGCUCAACAUUGGCCUCAACCUCAAGAACAACAAGAAGAAUGAGGAGGUGAAUGGGUACAGCCGGAAGGUGCAGGAGAACAGUGACCGCCCUACGUGGAUGUACGCGGAGAAGGCGAUUCAGGCCAUGAUGGAGUACCAGGAGAAGUUCCCCGAGAUCUUUGACCACCUCUCCGUCAACAUCGGCCAACAGGACAUCUUCUACCAGGACCAGGUGUUCGGCGAUAACCACAAGGAGAAGGUCGCCGAGCUCACCGACUGGCUCAAGAAAUCAGACUUUGCCAAGGCGGAGCGUCAGCCAUGUGGGACGCUGGCGCUGAGCGAGGCCAUGGUGGCGUGCCUGGCGGAGGAGGUGGACAAGGUCAAGACCAUCAGGGCGAAGAUUGUCAAGAUGCAAGUCCGCCCUCACCUGCUCUUCAAGCCCAACCCCCUCCAGGGCAGCACCCCGCCAGACCACACUGUCAAUUUUGAAAUGUUUGACCGGGUCGUCAACGUGAGGGAGGGCUUCUCUGUGCCGCUGGGGGCUCGCGGAACCAUCAUAGGGAUCCAGCCAGCGGAGAAGCAGGCCGACAUGCUGUACGACAUUCUCUUCGACGAGGCCUUCCCCGGCGGGCUGACCCUCCGCGGGCCAGCCUCGGCGCAGCGCUGUUACUCCCUCCACUGGGCAGCCAUCAUCAACGUCUCCCACGGCAGCCGCUCUCCCUCCAGUCAGGGGGCCCCACCCACCCAGCGCUACCAGACAUCCCAGGAGAACCGAUGGUCACGUCCGCCCAGCCUCCUCCCCCCCAGGAACGAGAACCAGAGGAACGAGAACUUCAGAGGCGAUAAUCAGAACUCCGGUGCAGGGGUAUGGCGGCAACAGUUUCCAAGGGGCUACGAAUCCCAGCCUCACCAACAACAACAAAUGCCCCCAAAACAACAACAACAACAACAGCAGCAGCCACCAAGGGGGAUAGUGACAGUGGCCCAGUCUGCCCCAUCUCACCCCGGCCCCCAAACAGUAACAAUCAGCAGCAACCCGGGAAGCAGGACGGGAACGCCGGCACAGACUGCCCCCAGCAACAGCCAGACCCCCGAGAACACCCCCCCCCAGCCCCCUGACCCCCACCAGCUCCCCAGCCCCUCCAGCCUGCGCAUCAUGCCGCAGCCCCAGGGGAAGAGCAUGGCCAACGGUGACCUUCCCAGUGGCAAGGCUCAGUCACCCAAGAAACACCAGCAGGACAGAGUGGUGCCGCUGCAGUCCCCGGCCGAGGUGGAGUGUGUGGUGCACGGGACCUACUACGCUUCCUGGAGUGGGAUCCUGCAGCAGGGUCUUGUCAAGCCUAACCAACGUUCCCACAUUCCUUGCUACCCCUUCGUCCCCAUCAACACCGGGGCCCCGUAUGCCUAUCAGCUCUUUGUCUUCAUCAACGUGCAACAGGCCAUGAUGGACGGGAUCAAGUUCUUCAAGGGGGAGCGCCAAAUCCUGUGCUCCGGGGAUGCACGUGGCUGCCUGCCCCCCAAGUACUUCAGUAAGGUUGUCGACAGUGAGUCUAGGGAGAUCAUUUAUCCGCAGCAGGUCGGCUCAAACCUAAAUGGGCCCCCACCAAACAACAGGCAGGGUAUGGUGGGCCUGGGGAGGGGUGGGCCCAUCUCCAGCAACCAGCCGCCCCAGACCAUACAGCUGUAUGAGAAUAUUUGGUCUCAGGUGCAGCGUCUGGACACCGACAACGUUAACCUUAGGCCAUUCCAAGCUCCCAAGUUGUUUGCUUGCAAUCAACAGCCUCAGCAACCUUCUCAUCCAAACCCAAACCCGGGCAGAAUGGAGGUGUCUGUGCAGGACAUCUUCCGUGGAGCUGCAAACCACCAACAGCACCACCCCCAGCAUCAACCUCAACACCACCCUCACCACCACCCACAGCACCACCCAUAUCAACCAAUGCAUCUCCAACACCAUCAAGCAAGACAGCAACAUCAGCAACAUCAUCACAAGCAGCAGCAGCCACAGGGGGAGCCUAACAUCAUGUCCCUGCUGACUGCUGCUGCCGCCGCCCAGCAGUCCCAGACCUUGGCCACACCCACCCCCCCUGCCACACACAAGAAUGGCUCCCCGGCCAAGUCCGCCUUCGUACCCACACAAGUCAUACGCAACCAGACCCCACGCAAGCCACGCGGCAACGACGUAGCGCAGGCUGAGAGAUCGGAACCUGGCGCCAACUCCCCUAAAAAACAACAGCAGCAACAGAAGAAGGAGCAAGGUUCCCACCAGCAACAACAGAAGCAGCACCAGAAGCAGGGAGCAGAGGGGACGGCAAAACCCAGACGUCAGGUGCGGAAUAGGUUGGCGGUGAGGUUUGAUCAGGCGCCAGGUAAGGACUGAGGGUGCUAUCACAGGGGGGUAUCACCGGGUGUCUUCCUUGCCUAUGUCCGCCGGCAGCCGUCAAGGUGCUCGGCGUGAAUGGCAUCAGGAAAACAAACAGCGUUUUACUAUUACUGUGUGUGUCCGUGAUUACUGUUGUGGUCGUUUCCUUGAUCCCUAGUUGUGUAUAGUGGUGUGUGUGUGUGUGUGUGUGUGUGUGUGUGUGUGUGUGUGUGUGUGUGUGUGUGUGUGUGUGUGGAUUGAUGGUUGAUGCCAGAUUUGCUGUUUUCCAUACUUACUUCCACUAUAGAACCUGUUAACAAAAGACAGAUCUAUUUUUGUCUUAUCCUUUUUCUAUGUCUGUCUGUCUCUCUGUCUAUUUGUGUCUUUCUGUGUAGGCUUUCUCUCUCCCUCACUCUUUAUCACCCAUCCCCUUCUCCCAGAGUGCUACCCUUAUCAUGAAUGUCGCAGGAGCCCCCAAGCAAACACAUGUAUGAUUGAGCCUUAUUCUACCCUUGACUGACUCCUCUAUGGAACAAACAUGUGAGAACCAAGCACCAUAACAAUCACAACCACUACCAGUCUUGACAUAUUGGGAAGAAGCAAUACGUCUUAUGGUGGGGUGUCGUGUUGUUGUUUUUCCUCAAGCUCUGAAUUUGUUUGAGCACAUUUAACUUACUCGCUCUUUUACUAAUUACCGAGUGAAUGUUUCGUCGUAAUCAUAAGGUGUGGAUGAGCGAACUGCAUGUGAAAGAGAAGAUGCGAAUUUAUAUUUUUAAUUUAACUUUGUGUAACGGUCUGCUCCUCCGUGUCCAGAUAAAGGGUGGGGAGGUAGGCCAUUCUCGAGGGUGAUCUGAAGGGCUGGGAGAACACUGGUUGGUAGAUUUAUUGGUUGACGUCUACUCAGUGUCUCGACUCAGCGCACAGGAGUCACAGAGAGCCAGGAACAGUAGGAAGGAGGGAAGUGUUUGAGAUGGAGUCAGGUUUGGUCAGGGAGUGUGGUUGUAAUUUGCAGUAUGAAACAAAAGAGUCUAAGGGAAUGAAUCAUACAGAGCCAGGAACAGUAGGAAUGAGGAAGGAGGGAUGUGUUUGAGAUGGGGUCAGGUUUGGUCAGGGAGUGUGGUUGUAAUUUGCUGUAUGAAACAAAAGAGUCUAAGGGAAUGAAUCGUACACAGCCAGGAACAGUAGGAAGGAGGAAGGAGGGAUGUGUUUGAGAUGGGGUCAGGUUUGUUUAGGGAGUCUGGCUGUAAUUUAGAGUAUGCAACAAGAGUCGAAGGGAAUGAAUCGUACAGAGCCAGGAACAGUAGGAAGGAGGAAGGAGGAAAGUGUUUGAGAUGGGGUCAGGUUUGGUCAAGGAGUCUGGCUGUAAUUUAGAGUAUGCAACAAGAGUCGAAGGGAAUGAAUCGUACAGAGCCAGGAACAGUAGGAAGGAGGAAGGAGGGAAGUGUUUGAGAUGGGGUCAGGUUUGGUCAGGGAGUGUGGUUGUUAUUUGCAAUAUGAAACUAUAGUCAAAGGGAAUGAAUCGUACAGAGCCAGGAACAGUAGGAAGGAGGAGGGAGGGAAGGGGUUAAGCUGGGGUCAGGUUGUAAUUUGCAGUACCAAAGGGAACGUACAAGGUUUAAGCAGACUUUUCCUUAUAAAUACAUGACUUGAGAUGUCCAGAUGUGAAGACAAAUAGACAAAUAAGGCAUCAUCACACCUGGCCAUCUCAAGUCAUGUAUGUUUUAAGUAUGUUUAAAUCUUGUACAGGAAGAAAAAAAGCAGUUUGUAGGGGAAUAUGCUUGUAUAGUAAGAGACGGGGUAAUGUGAAAUUGAAGAUGAGGAUAAGGAGACCAGAUUUAGAGUGAUGUGUAUUCAAAUAGAGUGCAUAUUCAGAAGGAAGUAAUGAUAUAAAAAGAAAGGCAUAGAUGGUGUUAAGAAGAUUGGUUGCUUAGGAGUGAGACAGAUUUAUAGAGAAGCCUUGCUCUGAUAUACAUGUUCAAAAUGGGAACAAAUUCAGAGUGGUGCAGCAUGAGAAGUAAAGAGUCCUCAUUCUGUAAUAAAAAUAGAAUGAGGUUUACAGGGAGGUGGAAAUGUGUAAAGGAAAGAUAGUCGAAGGAAAACAGGAACAGAUUGAAUAGAAAUGUUGAUGGAGAAGCGUAGAAACAGAGUAAAAGAUAGAGGAGAGGUGAGUGGGAAAUGUCAGAGGAAGAAAUGUUGAUGGGAAAGUGUAGAUGCAAAAGAUAAGAAGAUGGGGACAGGUAGAAGGGUGAGAGGAAAAUGCCAGAGAAGAAAAGUUUAUGGGGAAGAAUAGAAGAUAGGGAGAAGUUGGGGACGGAGAAAUGAGAGGGAAAUGCUUAUGGGGAAGUGUAGAUGCAAAAGAUAAGAAGAUGGGGACAGGUAGAAGGGUGAGAGGAAAAGUAGGGAGAAGUUGGGGACGGAGAAAUGAGAGGGAAAUGCUUAUGGGGAAGUGUAGAUGCAAAAGAUAAAGGAAGGGGACAGGGAAAUAUUGAAGAAGAAAAGUUAAUGGGAAAGUAGAUGCAAAAGGAAAGAUAGGGAGAAGAUGGGAGUAGGGAGGGAGAGGUGAGAGGGAAAUGUCAGCGUGUCCGCCAUGUCUCGGGCACAGACUAUCCGUCCAGUAAGAUGAAACGCGACUCGUCUCUUUGCUGCUGGUCUGUGGCGUCGCUCCUGCCUCUCGCUAGUGUUGUCGUAGUAUUCCGUCAUGCUUACUGCGCGUCUCGAAAAACCAUGAACGUACGUCUUAGUCUUUCUCUUUUUGUGUGAGUGCAUUACGAGUGUGUGCCAUGAGCGGAAGUACCUCUAGUGUUGUCUUGGAGUUCUCUUAUACCUCUGGAGUGCUGUGAGGUGUUGUCUAAAUGAGUGUUGUGAAUGGAGUGUUACAAAGUGUUGAUCGAGGCUUGUCAUGCUGUAUGGAUUUAUCUCUAGUGUUGUCUUGGAGUUCUGGAGUGUUGUGGAUAUGAAUGUUUCUUCAGAAUGUCGUGAAUGGAGUGAUAUGAAGUGUUGAUUGAGUUGUCGUCCUGAUAUACUCUUACUAACGGAGUGCUGGAAAGUGUUGCAUAAAUGAGUGUUGCUUCAGAAUGCCAUGAAUGGAGUGUUGCAGUGUUGAUUGAGUCUUGUCGUUCUGGAAUACUCUUACCAAUGAAGCGCUGGAAAGUUGAGUAAAUGAGUGUUGCUUCGAGAGUAUUCUUAACGCUGGAGUUAUGUCAAGUGUCAGUGAUAGAAAGUAUUGCUAUUGGUUUUUGUUUUUAUCAUUCAUGUGUUGCGCCUGUUUUACAUUUACGUAGUUUUGGCAGUAAUGAUGGAAGACUUAGAACACUAUUAGUAGGAGGGGACUUAAUCAUUGUUGUGGUUUGUCUUACUAGCUUAUUUAAGUUUGGUAUCCCCUCUUCUAAUCGAGGCCCAAGCACUUAAGUCACAGUUAAAAGAAGCACAACAGAGCACUCUUUUAAAAGGUCAUAGGAUGUACAUAUAUGCAUUUUGUGGACAGUUUAAAACUUGAGUAAUUAACAAAACGUGAAUGGAUGAAGAAACAAAACUAGAAUGCACUAAACUCACUUCUACUUACUUGUAAUAAUUGAUGUCUGUGUUCCUUGAAUCUUUUACACAUUGUAUUUCCCUGACGUGUUUCUUCCCUUGAGACGAAAUAGUCACAUCCACCUGCCAUGAUGAGCCUCUGUUCUGAAUGUGUGGGCAGACUCAAGGCUUUGGUUGAAGUGAUUUACAUGAAAUUUAGACCACACAGACCAUAUGGUGGUGAAUGCUGUGAUUUCAAUACUAAGUGAUACAAAGAAGUAGAGGUGAAAAAAAAAAAUCAUUAAGAAAAGCUGAGUGACUAAAACUGCCUACAUGCUGUCCUUAUGACCACCUAUCAACCUAGACUUUAGUGAAACUCUCGGGCUCGUUAGCCAUGGUAGGCAAUCCACCUAGGCCCUGAGCUUAAAUUUGGUGUUGCCUGUCAGGAAGGGCAUCCAUGGCAGAAAAAAUCCCACUCUAAACCAAGAUGAGUGAUUAUAAUGUCUUCAUCAACCUGUCCAGCCCCAAAAGAGAAAAUAAGAAAAUGGCGCCACUAUAAAAACACUUGCCUGCGCCAUGAGGGGCUGGGGUCGACUAUCAUCCAGGCCCCUCAAGAAAGCCUACCGGCACUAAAGGCUGAAACGUAAAAACAAAACAAAAAAAUAAAGAAGAGGAAGAUGAUGAGGAUGAUGAAGAAGAGGGAGAGGAAAACAGAGGAUCUAGUUGAGCACCAGGGGGCAACAUGAGCCAGACAAGAUGGCACCACUAUAAAACACUUGCCUGCACCACUAAUGGGCUAAGGCUGACCAUUAGGCCCCAUCAAGAAAACCUACCAGUGCUAUAGGCCAAAUGUUAAAAAGAGAGAAAAAAGAAAAAAAAAGGGAGCAGGAUACAAAAGAAUUAUUGGCAAGUUAAUUAAAUGAGCAAGAUUAAACAUGCCAGGUAGCUGAGGCCGAGGUAUUGGCUAUUCAGUAAAGAGUGUUGUGAAUCCUUUUGUUCCUUCAAGGGUUCAUUUGCCCCAGAUAAGGAAGAUGAGGUGGUCGCACAUUAAUUCAUACUUGUGUUUGCACCAUCACGGGGAAUGAUUUUGAGGCCGAGGUAUUGGCUAUUCAGUAAAGAGUGUUGUGAAUCCUUUUGUUCCUUCAAGGGUUCAUUUGCCCCAGAUAAGGAAGCUGGGGUGGUCGCACAUUAAUUCAUACUUGUGUUUGCACCAUCACAGGGAAUUAUUUGUUUUUUGAAAUUUGUGGUGUACAUAAUUAUGUUUCAUUCCAUUUAUCUUGUGAAUUGGAGAGUUUAGUGCAUUAUAAUUUUGAUUUAAAUAAGUAAACAAUUUAUACAUUACUGCAAUAUAUAAAUACUAUAUAUUCUUGAAGACAGAUAUACUGCAUUGUGUUGAGUACAGCUUUAUUAACUUGCCCAGUGAUUGUCUUGUAAAGUGAUGGUGACUAGCAUUUUCCUGGGCCAAUAAUGUAUUCAAGGAGUCAAGCGCUCAGUCCUGAGGUAACGUUGGCAACCCACUAUGCACCACACAGGUCGAGGCUGCUGCUGUGCCAUAUAGCUUUUACCUUUCUGCGAGAGUUUCUCAUGCGUCCUUUUGUAAAAACUUGUUUGAUGUAAAAUAGUGUGAGAUUUUAAGGAGUUUCUUCAUACAGGGUAGUGCUGAGAACAUGCCAGAUGUCAUUCACACUUUAUAAAAAAAAUUAUGAUGUCUGCAUUAACAUUUGACAAUGAACAUUUACCUGUGCUGGUCAGGUACUCUUAAGUAUUAUAAUGGUGUUAUUUACUCAUUAUUAACGAGAAUGAUGGUUGACAACUAUGCAAUGUAUUAGUCUGUGUUGUUCUGUACUUAUAUUGUGAACCUCUCAGUGUCAGUUUGGACUGGUGGCCUACACUUGGUUUUGAAGUCGUCGAUAUUGAUUUAGUGUUUGUGAGAGUAGAGAUUUUUAUGCCUCAUUUUAAGUGAAUUGCUUUACAAGUUUGUGAGGUGUUGAAGAAGCAUUGCAGCUGUUGUGUGAGCCGUGUGGAAACGAUGACAUAUCAAGGGUUGUGUGGAGGGUGAGUGACGAGAUCCAAAGCUGCCGAGAACACUGAACAUCACCCAUGACUGUGGCGUCCGGGAACAGGAUGCGAGGGGGGUGAGGUUAUCAGUGAGGUUCUUGAAGCUUCCCAACGAGUGGCUCUUUUGAUGUGUACAAUCAUGUGGUACAAAGUAUAUUUAUUCCUUGCCCCGAGAGGCGAGCUCCUCACACAGUGCUGCAGCAUUGAUUUUCGCAGCAGAGGAGACAGACAGAUGACCCUCCACUGCCUACUGCAGCAGCCACAGCAGCCAGCCAGCCACCUCGUCUGUCUGGCUGUCUGGCCGCGGGACUGACCAGACUCCUGCUACAAGUGACCUGGGCCCAUAUUCUCAAACAUUUCGGGGCUCACACAUCCACAUUCAAGGCUUUUGUUCGAGGUGUGGGUAUUUCCAUGGGUGGUUAUAUGAGCCUUAUCGGUUAUCAGGAAGACUGAUGGUUUGCUAUACGUCAAUGCGCAUGGUGGAGUGCGGCGUGUUUUACAUUUCUCUUGGUUAGUCAUUCUGAGUCUUCCCUGAUUUAUAUUUCUGGCUGCCCCCUGACCCUAGAGAUAGCUUGAUAAGGCCUCUGUACCAUGUCCGUGAAAAAGCACUCAUGAGCAAGAUCUAAAGAAUGGGUUAUUUUAGACCAUUUAUUUAGACCUUGCUCAUGAGAACGCGGCUAAUCACCUCUGCGGCCUUUGGAAAAUAUUUGUCUGAAAGCCGAAAUUGUCUUGAGAAUACGGGCCCAGUGCAUCAAGGAGUUUUGAGUCCCUGUGUGUGCUGCCCGGGGCUGGCCAAGGAGUCUAGGGAGUAAUACACUGGAGUCCUUGGGGCCGGAGCACAGGACACCACCCACGCCCAAGGAUGAGGGACCUUUUCCUCGUCCUUGCCCACGCCUGCAGACGCACCGCCCGCCGUGAGGAAUAUUUUCUCACAUUUUGUGAAAUAAAAGUUAGAAAAGCAA